AUGGACUGCGAGGAUUGUGUGGACGACUGUGAAGAAUGUGUAGAUGAACACCAGAUUUUCAACCACCGGGCCAGCCGUUACAUCGGUGACUGUGAAGAAUGCAACGACGAACAUGCUAUCAAGUGUACCGAAGGUCCGGCAUGCAAAGACACUUGCGACGAAUGUGACUUUUCUUGUUUCGAUUGCAUUGACUGGAAUGAGUUCGAGCAGGACAAAUCUCUUGGACUCUCUUUCUCGGUUCCCCUGCUAGAUGGCCAUGGGUCUCAUAAUCCUGAACCACGGCUCGACGACAACGACGCCUUGAAAUUUCAAGCGCCAGAAAUAACCAGCAUGCAAUCUGAUAUCAUGGUACCUCCCCUCGAAGUCCCCAUGCAUCACCAGUGUUUUGGAACCGCUAUUCCGUAUUGGAACAGCAUCCCUCAGAAUCAAAUCUGCACCGGCAAUCCGGGAUUCAACCCACAGACACAGCAAUCCCCACUCCCUCCCUUCAAUCUGGAUUUUGGUUGUCACCCAGCAGCGGCUCACCAACAAGCCCCUCUUCCUCCAUUUUCUGCACCCACGUCCCUCGAAUUCACCACGCCGACGCGGUACCAACCUUCUUCUUCGUCAACACCUACCAUUCAAUCUUCUGUGCACCCCUUGAACACCACUCAAGACCUUCUUUCCGCCGUCUCAGCACCGAGCACCUCGUCAGCCUGCCAAUGGCUCAUGCCCUGCGGCACCGUGUGCGGAGCUUCCUUCGCAUCAGCUACGGACCUGAAAAAACAUCUCAAGGCGGUCCAUCUCGUCAAAGGCGUGACCAAAUGCAGCUGGCAGGGUUGCGACAGCGCCGACUUCACCACUGAAGCCGCCUUAACGGGGCACAUUAGCAAGAAACACCUGGCCCCGCUCCUCGCGUCCGCUUCGUCAUCCUCAUCGUCAAAUCCCAACAAAACCCACCACUCCCCCUCGAGCGACGAAGGGCCUUUGCCUUUCAAAUGUACGUAUCCCGGCUGCCCGAAGUCGUUCAUGUACAAACAAGUACGCGACGAGCACGUCGCGUCCUGCCACAACGGCAAUAAAAUGUAUUGCGACAUCUGCGGCCAGUUCCUAAACGGUGAAGGGUCGAAUUUCAAGCGCCACAUGGCCACGCACCGGCCCAAGCAUCAGCAUAUGUUGUGCAAGUUCCACCAUCUUGGCUGUAAGAAGCGAUUUCCGCGGCUGGAUAAUCUCAGGAGACAUGAGGCGUGUUGUAAAUUUGGGAAGAAAGCUGGGUUGGUGGGAAAUGGGAAAGAGGGGAAGCAUAAUCACCAACAUCAUCAUCACGCUCAUAAUUUGAAGGCUUGA